UUGUGAUUAAAUUUUUGAAUAUGGCUGGUUCGAUUGAAAACAUGCGUGCUGUUUACAAGAAGAAUGUUUUUACAUAUGUGCCUCCGUCACCACCAGCUAACCUAAUCGAUUGCAGUAAUUUUUUCCUCGGUUUUUCAUCUCGCAAGUUUUUAAACAUCGGACUCGAUCCGACAGAUGAAUUCAACACCGUGAUUCACAUUAUAACACCAUCACGUUUUAUAAAUAUUUCCGCCGAUUUUCUCAAACGUAUUUUCCGACUUAUGGGAAACAUUUUAUCAUUUAUACUCGAACAACCACAAAAGUAUAAGCGUAAUUUAUUUUUGGAUUCCGAUUCAAUUACAAUAUCUAGUAUGGUGUACCAAGGAGAGAAUAUGCUCAUUAUAGAGUCUAAAAUUCAAGACGGAUGUCGCAUACUGUUAAAUCGCAACGACUUAUUAAAGUUACAAGAUUUAGAGUGGUCAAUUUUCGAGAUAAUCGAGAGAAAAACCAAAAUCGUUAAACCGCUCGUAAUACAGCAAAUUAAUCAAAUCGCAUCAUACUUAAAAACAAAUACCAAGGUUGAAACUAGAACGCUUGAAGAUAUGACAAAUCGCGUGAAAAGCAUUAACAACAUUUGCAUUGCAACGCAUGUAAAUGACUACAAUUUCACAAGUCAGCUUCAAUUACAUGCAGCUGAACAUAUCGCACAAAGAUGGUUGGACGAAUUAGAAAAAGAUGAGGGAUACGAGAAACCUUUUUCACCGCCGUCAUUUUACACUAUAUUUAAUGAGGAAAUUCUUUCUGAUAUCUCCCCUCCAUCACAGACAAGCUGUACAGACAAAACGAUGGACCAUACGGACCGCAAUACAAUAUUACCAACUUACUACCCAAAAGACGACACACUGUUUAAUAUUACGGUAGAUUGGCCGGUCGGUGUUGAGCCACCGCCAUAUCACGUGGUCGUGGCUGCCCUUGAGGCGGAAGAGGAAGAGGAGUAA